UGAACAGAUAGAGAAAAAAAGAGAGGUUAAAACAGGAAAAGAAAGAAGAAACUUCCCCAAAACGGUUCUCCUACAAACUCACCACUUUCUGAUCUCUAAACCACUUCCAAUCUACGCUACCCUUUUUCUGUUUUUAGUCACUUCAUUUUCGAUACACAUUUUUAGACUUUCUUAGGGUUCGAAGUCCCCUUUUCCUAUUGAGGAUGAAGGUGGGCUUCUAUGGCUUGAAGGGUAAAGAAAUUUCCCUUAUUUCCAUUAUUCUGGUGUCCACAACGUUCAUUAUAUGGUCAUGGGAGAGAGCACCUGGUCGUGCUUCUUUUGUUUCCUCUCAAACAUUGAUGCAGUUUUCUUCAGAAAUUCUUUCCAGUGUGUUGGAUGAAUAUGAUGGCAGCGGAGAAGUUGGCAUCAGUUUGGAUAAUGCCACAGAAAACAGAGUAUGUAACCUUGCAAAAGGAAAAUGGGUUCCAGACAACCGCCGACCUUUAUAUUCAGGUUUUGAAUGCAAGCAAUGGCUGUCAGAGAUGUGGGCUUGCCGCUUGACACAACGCACAGAUUUUGCAUAUGAAAGGCUUCGAUGGCAGCCAAAAGAUUGUCAAGUGGAGGAAUUUGAAGGGUCUAAAUUUUUGAGAAGGAUGCAACACAAAACUCUAGCCUUUGUUGGAGACUCAUUGGGCCGGCAGCAGUUUCAGUCUCUAAUGUGCAUGAUCACUGCUGGGAAGGAAACGCGUGAUGUGGAGGAUGUGGGGAAGGAGUAUGGGCUGAUUCUAUCUGAGGGUGCUGCUCGCCCUGAUGGAUGGGCUUACCGUUUUUUGAGCACCAAUACUACAAUUCUCUACUACUGGUCUGCAAUUCUAUGUGAUAUUGAACCCAUCAAUGUCGAUGAUCCAGCGACAGAAUAUGCAAUACAUCUUGACCGGCCUCCGGCGUUCUUGCACCAAUUCCUUCACAAGUUUAACGUGCUGGUUCUCAACACAGGUCACCAUUGGAAUCGAGGAAAGAUAAAUGCUAAUCGGUGGAUAAUGCAUGUUGGAGGUGUGCCAAAUACUGACAAGAAGAUAGCAGUGGUUGCGGGUGCCAAGAAUCUCACUGUUCACAAUGUGGUUAGGUGGGUGAACUCGCAGCUUUUAGAGUAUCCUAGUUUAAAGGUAUUCUUUCGGACCAUUUCCCCAAGGCAUUUUGUUGGUGGGGAUUGGAACACUGGAGGCAGCUGUAACAGCACUACACCGAUGUCAGUGGGAAAGGAAAUAUUGGGUGAGGAAUCUACAGAUAAAGUUGUAGCCAAUGCAGUGAAGGGAACAAGGGUCAAGAUAUUGGACAUAACAGCUCUUUCUCAGCUUAGGGAUGAAGGUCAUAUAUCACAUUUUAGCAUUUCGGCCAAGCCUGGUGUGCAAGAUUGCUUACACUGGUGUUUGCCUGGCAUUCCUGAUACAUGGAAUGAAAUACUCUUUACACAAAUCUAGUCUGCACAUGAUGUUACAUACUUUUUUUUGCCCAAUCAUGUCGUUCACACUUACUCUUCAGAGGAUGCAGUUGUGGGCAUGCAAUACAAGAUGCCCUUGGCAGGGUUGGAACUUUGACCUGAUCUUUGAUACAUGAGUAUGCCAUUCCUGAUACUUUGAAGUACGGCAUUUUCUUUUGUACAAUAUUGGUUAAGCUUAUAAUUUGUACUUCUUAAGUGGCCAGUUGCGUCCUCACAGAAAAUGUUGGUAUAAAGCUAAAGUAUUGGAACAUUUGACGAUAGUAACUGGAACUGAGUUAUUCUCGGCUCUUCAACUGCAAGUCAAGACAUUGGGAAAUGGAGAUACCAUUUUUCGUCUUCUUGGGAGCUUGAGAUAUAAAGUUCGAAUGUACUUUUAGAUUUAGUAUACUUAAUGGAUCUUCUCAAAGUAUAAACAUGUCAAGUUCAAUAUAACAUAUAUCCUCUUCA